AUGUGUGGCCGCAGUAAGCCAAAUCCGAGGAUGAAGGCACCGCUGCAAAGUAUUUCCUCAUCCUACCCACUCCAGCUUGUAGCGACAGUCAUCACAGAACUGCCAAUCAGCCUACGGGGUAACCGUUACUGUUUGGUGGUUGGCGACCAUUUUACGAAGUAUGUGAAUCUGUAUGCCAUGAAGGACCAGAUAGCUAAGACCGUUGCAGACCUUAUCUUCCUCCAUUAUGUUUGUGAACACGGGAUGCCAGAAACAAUUUAUUCCGAUCAAGGUCGGCAAUUUGAGUCGGACAUAGUGCAGGAACUAUGCACCAUGCUUGGGAUCGAGAAGACUAAAACGACCCCAUAUCAUCCCGAAGAAAACGGCAUGAUUGAGCGGUUCAACGAGACGCUGAAGAGCGCCAUCGCAAAGGUCACAGUCAAACACGGCAAGGAUUGGGAUCUCCACCUUGGCCCAGUCCAGUUGGCGUACAACUCCAGUGUACACGAGACGACUGGCAUGUCGCCAUUUUUCCUGCCACAGGGUCGAGAACCCCGCUUGCCGGCGGACAUUGUCUAUGGAUGCCCAACCAAGGACUAUUGGAAAUCGGCCGGGAGUUACUCGAAGAGCAUCCUCGCCGAACUGCAAGAGGCUUUCGAGGAAGCCCGGAAGACGACAAGUAUCGGCCAAGAGCAACAAAAGAAAUUGUACGACAAGUGGGCAAAACACCAUCCCUACCAAGUGGGGGACAGAGUGUGGUUACACGCUCCAGUAUCCAAAGAUUGCCACAGGAAAUUGGCUCUACCAUGGGUAGGGCCAUAUACCAUCGUAAAGAGGAUGCAGACAGCGAAUGGCCUGCCUGGUGUCACAUACAGGAUCCAGAGUGAGGACACAGCUAAGCGACAUAGGCUAGUUGUCCAUCACAAUCGCUUGAAACCGUGUGUGGCACCCAGGAUACCCAGGCCAUUGGCGCAUCAAGAGCCGGAGGAGCUUGACGACGUCCCUGUAGAGAGGGAACCGGGCGUUCCUGCCCUGCCGGGAAUGUUCUUCCCAAUGAUGGGUGGAGGACUUGGUGUCGGCAUGCGAUUACCAGCCGCAGCCGCAGCCCCUCCUGUCCCGGCGGCAGAGGUCGUGGACGACGGAAUUCCCGAAGGUGCACCUGGCGCUGACAUGGGGUUUCCUGCAGAACCAGCUGUCCCACCCGAGGAACCAGACAAAGGAGACGAGCUGAGAGCUGUUGCUCAACCAGGGGAAAGAGAUGCUGAGUUAGGAGUGGGACCACGUGUUGACAUGGAUUUGCCUGCAGCACCUGGCGUCCAGGCUCCAGAACCAGAAGUUCCUGCUGUUCUUCUUCUUCAUGGGCAGCAUCAGCUGGUCUCUCUUCAUGAAGUGGAAGGCAACGUGCAAGGCAAGUGGUACGAACAAGAUGAUGGUGCAGAGUUCGUACCACUUGCCUUGCACGUUGAAGGUUACCUAGAUGACCCACCGCUGGAUGAGCAUCACCCUGAACAACUCGUUCAGCUGGCAAAAGAAGCGCUGAUCGAGGCCGCUCCAGAACCACGUGUGACGAGGAGCGGACGCGACGUCAAUGCUCCCGCCUACUUGGACGAUUAUGUCAGACCCGUGAGGCUGUACAGCGACGCGACCCGCACAUCGUGGUGA